CCCCAACUUCCGCCGCUCCUCUUCUCCUUCACCUCACAAGACUUCAGUUCUUCCACACUCGUUCCAGUCUCUUGCAGACGUGUCUCUCCUUUAUCCAACCACAGUCAUUCCUUCAGCCCGGUUCUCUUUGCGGAAUUGAUUUCUGCCAGUCCUCGAUUUCACUGCACUGCUCAGCUACGAAACGACUCCUUCACGACUCCGCAUAUCAACUGCACAAAGAACCAGGUCUAGAUACCCGCAAGCAUGCAGCUCAUCUCGACUCUCCUCUUCGCUGGCCUAGCCACCGCCAGCGGCCUUCACGGUCGUCGUUCGCAGAACAACCGCCGCCAGGGCUAUGGUGGCUACGGUGGAGGUGGAUAUGGCGGUGGAGUGUCCAGCUCCCGCCAUGUCACACCCUCGUCCACCGAGCUCUCACCGACCUUCUCUUCGCCAGUGAGCUCUGUCGUCGUCAAAUCGACCCCGUCAGCUGCUGGGUAUGGUGGUGGAGCCUCCAGCUCCAGCCUCGUCGUAUCCUCGUCCACCGAGCUCUCUCCCACCUUUUCCUCGCCAGUGAGCUCUGUCGUCGUCGUUAAGUCGACUCCGUCCUCAGCUGCUGGGUACCCGACCUCGCUCGCAGGUUACCCGGUACCAUCGUCUUCCCUGGCGGCCACCGAGGUCUCUUCUUCCUCGCUCGCGGGCUACCCAGUCCCGUCGUCUUCGCUCGCCGCAACCGGGGUGUCAUCUUCUUCCCUAGCUGGCUACCCAGUUCCAUCGUCCUCGCUCGCCGCUACCGGUCCCUCUUCCCUCGCUGGCUACCCAGUUCCCUCGUCCUCGCUUGCGGGCACUGGCAUCUCUUCGCUCGCAGGCUAUCCAGUUCCCUCGUCUUCCCUCGCUGGAACCGGUGUGUCCUCUUCGCUCGCUGGCUACCCCGUACCGUCGUCCUCGCUCGCUGGAACUGGUGUGUACUCAUCUGCUGGCGUCUACCCGUCCUCGUCUUUGGCCGGAACUGGCGUAUCUUCCGCGGUUGUCUACCCAUCUUCCUCUGCUGGCGUCUUCCCAUCGUCGUCCUUGGCCGGCACUGGUGUUUCGUCCGCUGUAGGCGUUCCCUAUCCGUCUUCGUCUUUGGCCGGCACUGGUGUAUCCUCCGCCGUUGGUGUUCCCUACCCGUCCUCGUCUUUGGUUGGCACUGGUGGCGCUCCCUACCCGUCCUCGUCCCUGGGCGGCACUGGCGUCUACCCUUCCAUCCCUCUGACCACCGGUGGCGCUUCCACUGAGGCCCCAGUCUCUUCUGGCUCCCCCGGCGAGACCUAUCUCACCACCCACGUCUCUGAGGUCACCCUCACCUACACCAUUGGAUACGGAAGCAGCGCGCACGCCGUGACGACCACCAUCCAGGAGACCUCCACCGAGACCGUUGUCAAGACCGUCUACGCGACCAAGCCUGUCGGUGGCUACGCCACUGCCUCCGUCUCUGAGGCCGCUACUCCAACCUCUACCACUACUAUUUCAAGCACUUCCACCACCACGAAGUUCAUCACGGUGUACCCCACCGAGUCUGGCAACAGCCCAACUGAGACUGGUACCCCUGGUGAGGGCGAGUGCUCUGCUCCCGUCUACAUCACCGUUACUGCCCAGGAGACUGUUGUACGUUUGCACGUUUCUCCCUUUUAUCGAUCUCACUAACCGUUUAGACCGUCACUGCUCCCGCUGGUGGAUACGAAUCAGCCACCGCUGCCGCUGCGGCCUCCUCGCCAGCUGGCUACCCUGUGUACAGCUCACUCGUUUCCUCUGCUGAGGCCCCAGCCAGCACCGGUGCUCCUGUGUACCCCACUGCUCCCUACGGCAACGGCACUCUCCCUAGCAGCGUCUUCGCCCCAUCUGGCUUCCUGACCUACAGCAAGCCUGCUGGAACUGCUCCUUCCUACCCAGCUUCAUCGUCGAUUGGCGGCACUGGAGCCGUCCCGUCCGGCACCGCGCCUGCGUAC